GGCGAACGCCCUCCCAUCUCACUUUUAGAUUUGUACACUUCAGACAAGUUGUAAUCCCCAUGACAUCCAUCGACGCCUCGCCAUCGUCCCCCACGCCGCCGCCGCCGCCGUCUCCGUCAUCGGCACCUCGGGAGGACCAGCGGUGUAAGUACCCAUACAAGGCGUGCUUUCAUCCCCGCUCCAUGAAGAAGGACGGCGAAGCGCACUCGCUGUGUGAAUUCCACCGCACGAAAGCCAAUUCGAUUCAAAAGAUCUACGCAACAAAACGGCGACAACAGCAGCGGGCGCUCAAAAAGCUCAAGAUUCUGCAGCACAAACAUCGACCUGAUGAGUACUACGCCACACCUUCACCCACACUUCCCCAACUUCGCCACAUGAACGCAGCCAGCCGCGACCAAGUUGAUCGUCAAGACCUUCAUCAUCGACUCCCGUACGAAGACGCGAUCUUCCACGCUCGUUUGCAGCAUCAACGUCGACUAAACGAAUCAGCUUUCCCCAUGUCGUCGGUGGCAUCGCGGAGGACGACCGACGGGAUGACCACGGCGCCGCCGCCGCGGGUGUACGACAUGAACUUUCUCCUUAACCAAGCUUGAAAAUGUCAGAGGAUACAUUAAGAGAUCGAGUGGUAUUCAUACAGUUGGUGUCAACGAACACCUUCGUUCCAUCGGAA